AUGCUUGUUCUCUUUCUGCUGGGCACAGUCUUUCUGCUCUGCCCAUAUUGGGGUGAACUUCAUGACCCUAUAAAAGCGACUGAAAUAAUGUGUUAUAAAUGUAAAAAAUAUCAUCUCGGGUUAUGCUAUGGUGUCAUGACAUCCUGCUCCCUGAAGCAUAAACAGUCCUGUGCAGUUGAGAACAUUUACAUCCUUACAAAGAAAGGGCAGAGCAUGUAUCAUUAUUCAAAACUGUCGUGUAUGACCAACUGUGAGGACAUCAACUUCUUGGGGUUCACGAAGAGGGUAGAGCUCAUCUGUUGUGAUCAUAGUAACUACUGCAACCUCCCUGAGGGAGUUUAGUUCUAUGUCUCUCCUGGAUUUUGGGUUCUUUUUCAACCACUACCCUCUUUUUCUCUUCCCUGAACCUGAAUUUUGCUCUCCUCUUCUAUGCAAUGGUAGAGAGUGAGAAAGCCAGCUCAUAGUGAAAACACAAGCAGGCAUAAGGAGACGCAGUGCGGACAGCAGAGCCUAUUGAUGAUGGAGCACUAGACUCACUCUUUGCACAUCCCUGUCGCUCACAGGUGGGAGGGGUUUUGCUCUCCUUACGUGAUACUGCCAUGAAUAAGCUCAGAUUUGGUCAUUUAUUAUCUCCUGUAUGAAAAUGUGAACACUCGGGCCAUAAUAAUCUCCAAUUUGUACUGAGAAUUCUGUGACUAUCCUCUAUCCUCAUCUAUACACACACUCCUCUCCGUUGGAAUUCUCUUUGGAUUAGCCCUGACACUUUCUGGCACUGUCCUUUUCUGCCCAUGGGUUCUGGAGAGGGCUAACCCCAGCUUCCCAGUGUGUUGGCAGCAUGGGCCAAGUCUUUCUCUGAUAGAGCUCUUGGGGGAACCUCAGGGCAGAAAAAGAACUGAACAGACAUAGGGAUGAGCAUCAAAGAAAAUUUCAGGGGGCAUUUCAAUUGGUAAAAACUAAGAUCUGAGAAAUAACUUGCUGUGGGUGGAAUUGGCUUGAAUUAUCAUUGCCCUGGCUGGCCAGGCAGCCUUGGGCACAUGGUUGAACUAGGUGAUUGGAUUGGGAACAGAGUGUUUCUUUAAGGAUGGCUAGUCAGGUUCUUCUCAUGGGACUGAGAAAACAAAAUGCUGAUAAUGUGGCAGGUGGCAUGGUAGCUGAAGAUAAUAGGAUGUAAAUAGAUACCAUGAGGUAGUGUUCAAGUAACAGAAUGGCCUGUGUAAGAGGAAGUUAUGAGUAUGCAGAAAGUGUGAGAAAGGUAGCAUAUACGGGUAACAGUGGUGGGAAGAGAAGCAGGAAGACACAGAGAAACAGAUAGGAAGAGAAACUGGGUAGCAUUGAUGUUGGAGCACACCUGUGGCCAAGGUGGCACGUUUUCCUUGGAUACACACUAACCGUGGUGUUUCUGUCCUUAUGAGGCUGACUGCAGUUCUUGGUCCUGGUCUUCCAUGAGCUUCUUUCUCUUAUAUUAUGCCACAUAAAAUUCUUACAAUGAACCAACCAACCUUCUAUUUGAGUAGUCUGGUAUACCCUAUCUUUGUCUAUGUCUGAGAAUAUAAUCCUUUCUGAGGAAUUCUCAAUUUGGAUUUUGCAGAGUCAGGACGAAAAAUACAUGAAGACAGUUCUUUCAAGGUAGACAAGCAAACUAGAAAAGCCAACAUAAUAUGAAUAUUUUAAGUUUGAGUUAUGGGCUCUAGUUGUGUAAGAGCUCUCUCCCCAUUGAAUCAUGGGAUGGUAGAAGUCAGUCUAGAAAAAGAAAAGAAAAUAUUGUUUAGCUUUGGUUUUCAAAAUAGACUUUAAAAAUAUGUUUGAAUCGAUGUUUAACAAAGCCAAAGUUUGGUUUUGUUGAGCAUGCAGAGAGUUUUAAUUAUAAAAUCUUUAUGUUUCAAGAGCACACACUGGCAUUUUCAGCAUUAUAGCAUUGAAUUUGUCUUUAUGUAGUGGAUGAUUUGGAUUUGAAUUUGGUAGCUUCCAAAAUCCCCUUUGCUGAUAAGUGCACCCAGCUGCAUCAAGUGUUGGCUUAUGACAACUCACAGUUAUUUACUUCUUUGGAGAUUUGCUCUCUACUAAAUAUUAAUAGAAGCAGCCUAGCCCAGAUGCUAAACUCCCAACCUGCAUAUGGGCCUCAGCUAAUGAAUGACUGGUCCCUUGUAUUAAGGUAGAACUAAGUCUGUGGUGCAAUUUGUACUCCAGAGCUUUUCCAUGGGAUCCAACUAAAGCUAGUCUUCAGCUGAGACCACGUUUUUGUUAGUAUUUCCCCCCUAACUUCCCUUCAUUCCCUUAUUCUCUAAGUUUUAAGCUGACAAGACUCAAGUGUUUUGUCUCACUGUGAACAGAGCUCUAAAACAAGAUAAGGUCAGGUUAGAAAACAAAGUUACAUUUUGGCACUUCCAAGUGAUAGUGUGUGUAGUGUCUAAACUAACUCUUCCUGAGUCAGGAUAAUCUUUCUUCUUAGCCUUCCUUACAGACUAGAUAAAAUUUCUCUACCUUGGAGAAUAUUUUCUUUUGCCUUACCCUAUCUUGGGGUAUUCUUCCCAGUUCCAUUUUCCAACCUGAGCAAAUGAACAUAGCAAAAGCUAGGUGAAAAUUUCUUUACCCACAUGAUAAAACAACAAGAAUUUAUCCUCUCAUAUGCACAUGCUCUUCUUUCAUAUAUAUAUACAUAAUUUUACAGAGAAUUUUUUCUUCAAAUAUCUUUUUAAAGGACAAUACUUUGGCUAACAAUCUGUUACUUUGUAAUUGACUGGUAAAUA